UCCCUCUCCAGUUGUAAACUGGAUUUGUUGUCUAUCUGAUGAAAAGUAUUCAUUAAAAAUAGUGACACAGGAGGAAAUAUAGGAAGAGGUGAUUGGAGUGUCUCGUUUCUCUCUCCCUCGUUCGAUUCAACGAAGAGAUGAAAGAGAGUAGAGAUGGAACAAAGAAUGAUAGGGUUGCAAAAUCUUCUUCUGUUAGCUCACUUCCACUUAUACUGGACGUAGAUGACUUUAAGGGUGACUUCUCUUUUGACACAUUGUUUGGUAACUUGGUAAACAAACUCCUCCCUUCAUUCCAAGAAGAAAAGACAGAUUCUUCGGAAGGUCAUGGCAGCUUUGGUGGUAAUGAUACUUUACCUAAUGGGCACAUGCGAGUUCCAUCUGAUGUGGCAAAGUCAGCACAGGGAGUUUCCACUCCAUUAUUUCCAGAAGUUGAUGCUCUCUUAUCCCUGUUCAAGGAUUCUUACAAGGAGUUGGUUGAUCUCCGACAGCAGGUGGAUGCAAAACUGUAUAAUCUGAAGAGGGAGGUUUUUGUUCAAGACUCCAAGCAUCGCAAGACACUCUGCGGGCUGGAGAAAGGUGUAGAUGGCCUAUUUGAUAGCUUUGCCCGGCUGGAUUCACGCAUUUCUAGUGUUGGACAGACUGCUGCGAAAAUCGGAGAUCAUCUGCAGAGUGCAGAUUCUCAGAGGGAAACUGCUAGUCAAACAAUAGAGCUCAUAAAGUACUUAAUGGAGUUCAAUAGAGGCCCUGGUGACCUAAUGGAAAUUUCACCUCUAUUUUCUGAUGAUAGUCGUGUCGCUGAGGCUGCUGCAGUUGCACAGAAAUUGCGGUCAUUUGCUGAAGAAGAUAUCGGGAGACAGGGCAUAUCUGUACCAUCAUUAGUGGGAAAUGCAACAGCAAGCAGGGGUUUAGAAGUUGCAGUUGCAAAUCUUCAGGACUAUUGCAAUGAAUUGGAGAAUAGAUUGUUGGCUCGAUUUGAUGCAGCUUCACAGAGGAGGGAACUAUCGACAAUGGCAGAAUGUGCUAAAAUUUUGUCUCAGUUCAACCGGGGUACAAGUGCCAUGCAACAUUAUGUUGCAACUCGACCAAUGUUUAUUGAUGUGGAAAUAAUGAAUGCAGACACGAGGUUGGUUCUUGGAGAUCAGGGUUCACAAGCUUGCCCUAAUGAUGUUGCUCGUGGGCUUUCUUCAUUGUACAAACAAAUCACAGAUACUGUGCGACAAGAGGCUGCCACAGUAAUGGCUGUUUUCCCUUCUCCUAAUGAUGUCAUGUCUAUCCUGGUGCAGAGAGUUUUGGAGCAGCGAGUUACGGCCCUUCUGGACAAGCUAUUAAUGAAGCCAUCCUUAGUUAACUUACCUCCCGUAGAACAAGGUGGACUUCUACUGUAUCUUAGAAUGCUAGCUGUGGCUUAUGAGAAGACACAAAAACUUGCUAGAGACUUGCGAGCUGUGGGCUGUGGUGAUUUGGAUAUUGAAGGCCUUACAGAGUCUCUGUUUUUAGCUCACAAAGAUGAGUAUUCUGAGCACGAGCGAGCUUCCCUCAGACAACUCUAUCAGGCUAAGAUAGAAGAAUUGCGUGCUGAAAGCCUGCAGCAGAUUGAUUCAACUGGGUCAAUUGGACGCUCAAAAGGAUCUGCGAUAGCAUCUUCCCACCAGCAAAUAUUGGUCACUGCAGUGACGGAAUUUGUACGCUGGAAUGAAGAGUCAAUUUCUAGAUGCAAUCUGUUUUCUUCCCUGCAGCCUGCUACUCUUGCGAACAAUGUGAAAGCAGUGUUCACUUGCUUGCUUGACCAAGUUAGUCAAUAUAUAACGGAAGGGCUAGAGCGAGCAAGAGAGAGUUUGAAUGAAGCUGCUGCUUUGAGGGAAAGGUUUGUGUUGGGCACAAGUGUUAGUAGAAAGGUGGCUGCUGCAGCUGCUUCCGCUGCAGAAGCUGCUGGUGAAAGCAGUUUCAGAUCUUUCAUGGUGGCGGUGCAACGUUGUGGUAGCAGUGUAGCUAUAGUCCAGCAAUACUUUGCCAACUCUAUUUCUCGUCUCUUACUACCCGUGGAUGGUGCACAUGUGGCUUCUUGUGAAGAAAUGGCGACAGCAAUGUCUAGUGCAGAGGCUGUUGCAUAUAAAGGGCUUCAACAAUGCAUUGAAACUGUGAUGGCUGAGGUGGAGCGAUUGCUUUCUGCUGAACAGAAGGCAACAGAUUACCGAUCACCUGAUGAUGGAAUUGGUCCUGACCAUCGGGCAACAAAUGCCUGUACGAGAGUGGUUGCGUACCUCUCUCAUGUACUUGAGUCCGCUUUCACUUCCCUAGAAGGUCUAAACAAACAAGCUUUUUUAACUGAAUUGGGAAACCGUUUGCACAAAGGGUUGCUUAAUCAUUGGCAGAAGUUCACUUUUAAUCCCAGUGGUGGACUUCGGCUGAAGCGUGACAUAACUGAGUAUGGGGAGUUUGUGCGCAGCUUUAAUGCUCCCACAGUUGAUGAGAAAUUUGAAUUAUUGGGCAUCAUGGCCAAUGUAUUCAUUGUUGCACCUGAAAGCCUCUCCUCGUUGUUUGAGGGAACUCCCAGCAUCCGGAAAGAUGCACAGAGGUUCAUUCAACUUAGAGAAGACUAUAAGAGUGCCAAGCUUGCGUCCAGAUUGAGUUCCUUGUGGGCAAGUUCUAGUUGAAACGGAAGUGUGUCAGCUAUUUAACUGCCAUUGAGCUAUAGCUACAAUGAAGCCAGAGAUAACCAGCCAUUUUAUUGCUUGCGUUAGUGGAAACAAGGAAUCACAGAGGUGCUCAAAGUUGCUUUUCAAGCUAUUUGGUGGUUCUGGUUGGAAGAAGACUUCGAGGAGCCAAGGUUAUGUUAAACCAAUCCUGAGGGCAAAACCUGAGUAACGGAGCGUCUUGGACUGAAAAUUCAAUGAAAUAUGGAUGAAAAGACCAACAGAUCUGUUCCUCAUGAAUUUGAUGGAAGUUAUAGCUCCUAACCUGCCACAAUGUCAGUGAUACUUCAAUUUACUAAUAGAUAUAAGAAGUCAUCUGUUUACUGAAUAUUGUUUAUGAAGGGGUCUAUACUCUUUCUUUCAUCCUAUAA